AGGCCUCUCCAGGCUCUCCAGGCUCUCCAGGCUCUCCAGGCUCUCCAGGCCUCUCCACUGCGGCGGGGACGAGGGGAUGGAGGAGGAGGAGGGGAGUCUGAAUGGACGAGACGUGGUUGAGGCUCACCGUGGUGACUCAGGACUGAGAGGUGCCUCUUCCCGGAGCCCGGCCCAGGUGGAGGUUGCCUUGGAGGAGGACGACGACGACGCCGAUGCCGACGACAGCGGCGACAACGACGAUGACGACGACGAUGAUCAGAGCGAUGCCGGGAGGCCGCCGGGCCUGGCGCUCCGGGGGGCCGCGUCCGGCCAGGCGCCCAGCCAGGCAUCCAGCCAGGCCUCCAGCCAGGGGACCAGCCAGGGGACUAGCCAGGCGUUCAGCCAGGCGUUCAGCCAGGCGUCCAGCCAGGCGCCCAGCCAGGCGCCCAGCCAGGCGCCCAGCCAGGCGUCCAGUGGGUGUCGCCGCUCGCCCCUGCGAGCUCGCCCCUCCGCGGCGAGGAGACGCCACCACGACUCCUCCUGCUCCUCCUCGUCGUCGUCGUCAUCGUGGUUCGCCAGCGGCGAUGUGGACUUGGUGUGCGAGGAGUGUGGGAUGUGCUUCGGGGAUCCCCUCUUCUUCGACCGGCACCGGCGGCUGCACAGGCGAUCGGGGAGCGGCACGGAGCCGCCGCCGACACCGCCCGGUGACGGUGACGGUGGCGGCCGCCCCCUGGGAGACGGAGCUGCUCCCAUCGGAGUCUCCCAAGCGGAGCAGAAUUCCAGGGGGCCUGCCGGGAACGAGCCGGAGCCACCGCUGCUACCGCCGCCGCUGCUGCCGCAUCGUCGGCAUCGGCAUUGUCGGCAUCGUGAUCCUCGUCAUCGGUGUGACCCCUGCCGCCGCCGCCGCCAGCAGCAGCGGCAGCAGCAGCAGCAGCAGCUGCAGCGGGCGACGGUGGAGUGGCUGUGGCAGUGCAACGAGUGCAAGUGCGGAUUCCCCACCAUCGCCGUGCUCAAGCGACACCUGCGGGCGCACGACGAAGACGACGCCACCGGCACCGGCACCGUGCGGGGCGAGCCGGCGCAGCAGCAGGCGCACUUCACCAUGAUCGCCUACGCCGGACACGGGCGCCUGCGGACGCCGGCGCCGGGGGUCGGCACGGACGCGGGGACGGGGGCGGCGGCGCGGGGACAGGGGCCGGGCGGUGGCGGUGGUGGUGUCGGUGGUGGUGGUGGUGGCGGUGGAGCGAGAGACGGAGGGCCAUCGGCCCUGGUGAAGCUGGAGGGCGUGGAAGGGGAGGACCGAGCCCAGGGGCACCCCUCGGAGACAGGGCCCCCCCCCCCAGGGGGAACGGGGGAGGGGUCGGUGGUGGGGGCCGGCUGGGGCCCACAGCCGGCGCCGGCAGUCAGCAAGAUCGGCAGGCGACCGAUGACGCUGCCCCAGUGCCUGCAGAUCAUCGCGCUGCUGGACCGCCGGUGGUCGCAGGACUCCAUCGCCCGGCUCUUCGGCACGUCGCAGUCUCGCAUCUCCCGCAUCAACUGCAGCCGCCGCCUCAUCCUUGACGCAGCCCGGGAGAAGGGGGGGGGCACCGGGGGGGGAGACUCCACCGCCGCCACCACCGCCGCCACCACCGCCGCCAUCACCACCGCCACCACCACCACCGCCACCACCGCCACCACCGCCAUCACGGCGGCGAGGGACGGCACCGGCAGCCGCUACGCCUGCGCCCGCUGCGGCUCGGCCUUCUUCACGCCGGCCGAGCUGGGCCAGCACCAGCGUGGCGGCGGCGGCAGCUGCGGCGACAUGUGGCAGUGGCGCUGCGACUCGUGCGGCGAGCGCUUUGUGCUGCUGGCGCACCUCAAGGACCACCAGCACGCCCGCCACGGCGCUCGCCAGCGUGGGGCCCGGGGAGGCCGCGAGGGUCGGGCGGCCGAGCCGGUGCCGGCGCCGCAGUACACGCUCGUCUCUAACUUCGGGCCACCGCGGUGGGGGGGCGGCGCUGGCGGCCUCGGGGCGCCGGCGGUGGUGGGGGGCGAGGGGGACACGGCCGGAGAGCGGUGGCAGCGGCAAGAGGGGAAGGAGGAGGAGGGGGGGGAGGAGGAGAUGUCUACAGACAGCUCCUCCACCCCGAGCGGCGUGCUCACAGAGAGGGGAUCCGGCAAAGUGAAGGAGGAGGGUCCCUCCAUGCGGACGACGGUGGCGGUGAAGGUGGAGCGCCAGGAUGACGGUUACGACGUGGGAGAGGCAGAGGCGAUGGCGGCGCUGGGUGGCGACGGUGGCCUCCCGGUGAAGGAGGAGGAGGUGAUGGGGGAGGUGGUGAAGGAGGAGGAGGUGGUGAAGGAGGAGGAGGUGGUGAAGGAGGAGGUGAUGGGGGAGGAGGAGGUGGUGAAGGAGGAGGUGAAGGAGGAGGUGAUGGGGGAGGAGGAGGUGGUGGAGGAGCAGCAGCAGAGGCCUGCGGAGGUGGUAGUGGAGUUGGAGGACACGAGGAAAGGCGCCGGCAAGGGCCGCCACGCUUGCCCCGACUGCGGCCGCCGCUUCGGCAGCCGUUCGAACCUCGCCAAGCACCGGCGUUCGCACGGCGACCGGCGUUCGUUCCGGUGCGGCGGCGGCGGCGACGGCGACGCCACCGCGACACCUCGCCGCUGAGCUCAUCGACACGGAGCGACGUGAAGCAUCGUCGCGUUAUCGGCGGCAGCGGCUUGUGGCGAAGCCUUCGGACAAAGACGGCAUCGUCGCGCGGCGCUUUCAGAUUGCGCUGCUUUUGCGGCCGUCUGGAACGCGCUCUUCCUUCCGAUGUGAGGAAGCCAUUGGGAGCUGUGCACUCUAGAGUCUUCACCUGGAUUGACAAACUCAUCUCUUCAGCACUUGUUGUCGUGUUUAGUUUGUUGACACCCACAUAGACCCACAGAGACCCACAGAGACUCACAGAGACACACAGAGACCCAUAGAGACCCAUAGAGACCCAUAGAGACCCACAGAGACCCACAGAGACCCACAGAGACACACAGAGACACACAGAGACACACAGAGACCCAUAGAGACCCACAGAGACCUACAUAGACCCACAGAGACUCACAGAGACACACAGAGACACACAGAGACACACAGAGACACACAGAGACCCACAGAGACCCAUAGAGACCCACAGAGACACACAGAGACACACAGAUUAGCAAGGUUGGCUACGUACGGCGGUGCGAAAGCAGCUCAACGGACAUCUUGAAAUUCACAGCCACAGCCACAGCAGCAAGGAGAUCCUAGAUUUGAAGCUUUCGUGACUGCAAGGAUUCAUACUCUUAGUUCUUUCGGUAAAGUCACGUAGGUAAAAGUUGAAAUUAAAAUUAAUAAAAAAUAAAAACAAUAAAAUCACGACGUUUCGGAGGCAACACAAGCGUCCGUCUUCAGGUGAAACUGUCACAGCAAAAAAUCUGUAUCAAGUGAAGAG